AUGAAUCAAGUCAUUAAGCGUGAGGGCAAAUCUAUUGACCAGAAGUGUGCCGAUAUCAACAACGAAGUCAUCGAGCUUAUUGGAGUCUCUAAAGCCUUGUUAAAUAAUGUCAUAUUUUGCCAUCAAGAGGAAACCAACUGGCCGCUUAGUGAGGGAAAGGUACUAAAGGAAAAGUUUGACGACAUUUUCGGCUCUAUUGGCUAUGUCAAAAUUCUGGAGAAGAUCAAGAAAACGCGUGAUGAGGAAGUAAAAAAGUUCAAACUUCUGGAGAAAGAUGUGAGAUAUUUUGAACAUCUGAAAAAAGAAGCCGAAAAUACCAGAAAAGAAUUAAAUGAAGAUCGUGCUCUUAUGGACAUUGAAAAGGCUAAAGUGAAAGAAUUCGAAUCAAAGAUUAAGGUCGUUAAAGAAAAACUCGAUGAAUUGAAUGACAAAGAAGUCGACGCUCAGGAUAUUAACAAUUCAAUUUCGACAAUUGAAGGGACUAUUGCCGAACAACGCAAAUCCGCCGAGUAUAUCAAAAGAAAAAUUAAUGCUUCAAUUUUAAGCAAAAGUGAAUCAGAAGUCGAUGAAGAGUUGAAAAACUUUGAUGAUAAUUUAAAACUGCAACUCGAUAAAAAAGUUGAGCUUAAAGAUAAGCUGAAAAAUUCAGAAAUUGAAAAGACUCAGCAAAACCAAGUGCAAAUCUCGUUUCUAAACAAGUUAAAGGAAGACAACAAAGAAAAGUUGGCCAAAUUGUUUUUUGAAGUGAAAAUCAACCCAAACAAUAUCAGAGAAACUUUUUAUAAGUUAUCUACAAAGGUGUCACAGGAAAAGAGCCUCAUAUCUAAUAAUGUUUCAUCUAUAGAGAAGAAACUUGACUUAAGUAAGUUCAAAAUUGAAAGUAAGCAACAGCUGUUAAGUCAACGGAUCAAAGACCUGGACCUUAAUAAGAGCAAGUUUGACGGCAUAUGCAAUUUCGACAACUUUGUGGCGUAUCUCCAGGAAAAAGAGUCAGAACUAAUUCAACUUCGAGACGAAAAAACCAAACAUGCCGGCCUAAUUCCAGUGGUUAAUAGUCAAGUGGAAACCCUUUCAAAGUGUGACAUGUGUCCUGUUUGCGAGAAUGACCUCAGCUCAGUGUGGACCUCCAAAAAGACGGCCCAGAGUGUGGACAAGCAGUCACUUGUUGAAAGUCUGAAGAAGAGUACACUGGCUUGCACUGAAGAGGUGAAACGACUCGACGAGAAAAUUCAGGCAGCUGAGCAGAUGUGCGCUAAACUGCGAAAGCUGCGAACCAACUACGAUGCUAUUCAAGGUAUCACCAGUCACAUCCUUGCGAUCAAAAGUGAAAUGCCCUCAUUGAAAGAACGAGUGGACCCCCUGGAGAAGGAGCUUGAAGCGGCUCGGGCUAAUUUGACUACUGUGCAGGGUAUUCAUGACGCCAUACAAGAGCGCUUGCUUCUUAUCAACAGUGAGUGGGGUGAUAUCGAAAAGAAACAGAAGAGUUUGACAAGUGAAUUGGCAGCAGUUGAAAAAGAAAUUUUUGCUCUUGAAUCGCGAAACCGAUCGAUUGGCGAAUACAAGCAGCUUAUGAAUUUGCAAAAGGAGAUCCGUGAAAAACAGGAACAGCUCAAUGAAGAACGUCGAAAGUUAAACAGUAUGAACUUUAACAGCAUCAAGGAGGCUAGUGAAAGGACGAACGCCGAGCUAGCGACGAUAAAGGCUAAGAUCACCUUUGCCAAGCAGAGAAUCGGCGAGAUUGAUGAGCGCAUUUCGAAGCAAACCGCCAAACUGAGUGGCAACUAUGAAAGCGCCGAAAAGAACUACAAGGAAAAGCUGCUGGAGAUGAUUGUCACUGAAGUGGCUACUGGCGAUCUGAACAAGUACUACAAAGCGCUUGACUACUCCAUUUCCUCCUUUCACAAGUGUAAAAUGGAGGAGAUCAACAAACUGCUGAAGAGCUUCUGGGAGAUUGCCUACCAAGGCAAGGACAUUGACUACAUUCUCAUUGCUUCCGAUGAAGAGGAGCGAAGUGCUAGUGAUAAACGGCGCACUUACAACUAUCGAGUCGUCAUGAUGAAGAAGGGCAAGGAGAUGGACAUGAAAGGUCGCUGUUCGGCUGGCCAAAAAGUGCUCGCCAGUCUCAUUAUUCGCCUGGCGCUGGCGGUCAUCUUCUGCCGAAACUUUGCCGUCCUCACCCUGGACGAGCCGACCACUAACCUGGACAAGGCCAACAUCCACUCUUUCGCGCGUGCCAUUGUCAGCUUAAUCAGGUCGAAUCGUAACUUUCAAAUUGUGAUCAUUACACACGAUGAGCAGUUCCUCGAGUGCUUUGACGGUGCCUUGGGCGAGUACUACUACAAGGUCUCCAAAGACGACCACGGCUACUCGGUGAUCACUCGCAAGCCUAUUGUCGAGAACUCUCAAAACAUUCCUCAAGUGCCUCAACCCGACGACAGUAUGGCAAAUGAGACUACCGACGGAAACAGUAAUAAGCGAAACAAUGAAGUUGAUGGCGAUGUCACCCUUGAGCUGGCUCCGAAGCGAGUCCGCAAAGACUAA